UUCAGUUUAAUGAAGUCCCAUUGGUUUAUUUUUGUUGUUGUUGCAAUUGCUAUGGCAGUCUUCUUCAUGAAGUCUUUCCCCAGGCCAAUAUCUUCCAGUGUUUUUCCUAUGCUUUCUUGGAGGAUUUUUAUUGUUUCAUGCCUUAAAUUUAAGUCCUUUAUCCAUCUUGAAUCAAUUUUUGUGAGUGGGGAAAGGUGUGGGUCCAGUUUCAGUCUUUUACAUGUAGACAUCCAGUUCUCCCAACACCAUUUAUUGAAUAGGGCUCUUGGAGGAAUCUUAAUGAAAGGGACUUGGUCAGCUUAGUAUCUUGAGUAGAAGGCUAGACUAGCUUAGAUUUAAAUGUUUAGCUGUUUGUUCAGCAGUAUUUUGGAUCAGUCGUUAAAAAGGUAUAAAGUAGGACGCCAGUCCCGGCUCAGUGAGUAGGGCGCCAGCCCCAUAUACCGAGGGUGGCUGGAUCAAACUUGGCCCCUGCAAAACUGUGACAAAAAAUAGCCAGGCAUUGUGGUGGGCACCUAUAAUCCCAGCUAGUCAGGAGGCUGACACAAGAGAAUCACCUAAGCCCAAGAGCUGGAGGUUCCUGUAAGCUGCUAUGCCAGAGCAUUCUACUGAGAAUGACAUAGUGAGACUUUGUCUCAAAAAAAAAAAAAAUUUAAUGUGCAAGCCCACCUGGGUGGCUGAGGUGGGUGGAUUACCUGAGCUCACAGGUUUGAGACCAUCCUGAGCCAGAGCCAGAUCCUAUAUCUAAAAACAGCCAAGCCUUGCGUCAGGCACCUAUAGUACCAGCACUCUGGAGGCUGAGGCAAGAAAAUUGCUUGAGCCCAAGAAGUAGAGGUUGCCGUGAACUGUGACACUAUGGCACUCUACCAAGAGCAACAAAGUGAGACUGUCUCUCAAAAAGUAAAUAAAUAAAUAAUUUAGUGAGUAUAGAAUUGUUGGGAAGCUAUUAAUGAAGAUUUAUUUCAAAAAUCUUUACUCCAGGGCUCUGCGAGGUGGCUCACUACUGUAAUCCUAGCACUGUGGGAGGCCAAGGUGGGUGGAUUGCUUGAGCUUAAGAGUUCUAGACCAGCCUGAGCCAGAGCAAGAUCCCAUCUUUAAAAAUAGCCAGGCGAUAUGGUGGGCGCCUGUAGUCUCAAACUACUUGGGAGGCUGAGGCAAGAAAAUACAUUGAGCCCAAGAGUUUGAGGUGAGCCAAGACACUACAGCACUCUAAUGGGGGCAAGAAAGUGAGACUCUGUCUCAAAAAAAAAAAAAAAAUUCUUAUUCCAAAGAUGCUGCUUCUUUAGACUAGCUAGUCUAAAGGGCUUGACCUACUUUGUUAACCAGCUGUCAAUCAAUUAUACUCUAAAAAGCACUAUUUAGGACCAGUGACUUCCCUUUGUUGGAUGUUUUGAUACUUUUUCUUUUUUUUUAAGACAGAGUCUCACUAUGUCACCCUCAGUAGAGUGCCACAGCAUUACAGUUCACAGCAGCCUCAAACUCUUGGGCUUAAGCUAUUCUCUUGCCUCAGCCUCCCAAGUAGCUGGGACUACAGACACCCACCCCAACGCCCGGCUAUUUUUUUUGUUUUGUUUUUUGGUUGUAGUUGUCAUUGUUGUUUGACAACCCUGGGCUAGAUUCAAACCUGCCAGCUCCGGUGUAUGUGGCUUGCGCCCUAGCCACUGAGCUACAGGCACCAAGCCUUGUUACUGAGCUUCUAAUGCUCAGAAAUGAUUAUUGAAAGGUUACAGAGCCAAAGAUGAAAGAUGAUUCUGAGAAAAAGAGAUGAAAGGGAAAUGGAGGCACAGUUUGUGCAAAUAAAAUGGCUUUAUUCCACCUGGGUACAGGUGGGGUAAGAUUUCCAAGUGGGCCGGGAAAUCCCACAUGCACACGUGGGUAAAGGCAAAGGGGGGCGGGUAAUUAAAGAUCAGGAAGGUGGGGGUCUGAACAUUCCCUUCCCUGGGUUGGACAUUUGUUGUAAGUAAAGGUGGGGGUUGACUCAUUCACCUUUCUCUGGUGGGAGAGGAUAGGGGGUUGAUUCUUUUAGGCAGGUCCACCCAAUUUGGGUGGGGUUAAUCCUAUCAAUUAUCUCCUAUUGUAAAUUAAUAAAAAUGAUUGGCUGGGCACCAUGGCUCAUGCCUGUAUACCUAGCACAUGGGGAGGCCUAGGCAGGUGGAUUGCUUAAACUCAGGAGUUUGACACCAGCCUGAACAAGAGCAAGACCCUGUCGCUACUAAGAAAAAAAAGAAAAACAUAGGUGGGCAUUGUGUUGGGUGCCUGAAACCCAGCCUCCAUUUUCCUUUCGUCUUGGAAUAAUCUUUCAUCUUUGGCUCCAUAACCUUUCAUUUGGUCCCAGCUACUCAGGAGGCUGAGACAGGAGGAUCACUUGAGCCCAAGAGUUUGAGGUUGCUGUGAACUGUGAUGCCUCAGCAUUCUACCCAGGAUGAGAAUAUCCUAAGGCUGCACCUCACAGCUAGUUGUUUGUGUCCAUUUUAUCAGAAACACCUCAGACUGAGCUUUGCGUGGAAGAAGUGACCCUGGUCAGGAGAUCAGGAGCUACCCUCAUUGCAACCAGAUCACUCCACCUUCAGAUAUUUUCCACUCUAAGUGGGAAAAUAAAUAUGUCAUUUGCCGUAAGUAAAAGGGAAAAAAGUAAGGACAGAACUAGGUCACGAGUUCUAAAUAAAAAAGAAAAUGAUCAGGAGGACAGUUUUGAAGAUGCCUACGAAGUCAUCCCUGUGGCAACAACAAUGAAUCUAAUAUCUUCCUUGGAAGAAUGCACAACUGGAUUAUAUCUAUUUCUAAAUAACAGAUUCUCAGAAGCAAUAAAUCUCAUUCAUCCAUGGUCUAAAAAUAGCAUAUACCAUGCCCUAAUAUAUAGUAUGCUUAUGGUUGUCAAGGCCAUCCUGACUUUUGAUCCCCAGGAUGUACAGACUGGCAUAAACACUUCAAUGGAAGCUUUGAAAACCUGUAACAUUUUCCGGAAAAAACCUCGGAUGACAAGUCUAUCUUAUGUAUUGAAUAAGCAGGGAAUAAAGAGUAUCAGGGAAGAAGAAUUGCAUGCAGAAGUCUGUUAUGCUGAAUGUUUGGUUUUGAAAUCCUUUGUAACAUUUCUUCAAGACGAAAGUGUGCUUGGUUUUCUUAAAAGUGGGCUCAGUAUUGGGUCAAGUUACCAUAUAUACAAAGACUGUCAACAAGUAUUAAGACAGAUGCCUAACAGCCAAAGUAAAGCUCACAAGCACCUGAUUGGAGGAAUAAAAUUUGGACUUGGAGCAUUCAAUUUGAUGUUAUCACUUGUGCCACCAAGGACACUUAACCUACUCAGUAUGAUUGGAUUUUCUGGUAAUAGAGAGUUAGGCUUGACUUUACUUCAUGAGAGUGCUUCUGAAAACCACAUAAAUAAUGUCUUAGCUAUUUUGACUCUACUCUUUUAUCACCAUUAUAUACAGGUAGCUUUUGGUGUUGACAGGGUUUACAAUUCUGCUACAGAAGGUCUCUUCCUAAGCUAUCUCCAGAAAUUUCCAAAAUGUGUCAUACUUAAAUUUUUUCAUGCACGUUCUAGUAUGCUGAAAGGAAAUUUUGAAAGUGCACAGUUAAAAUUACAAGAGUGCAUUUUUACUCAGAAUGAAUGGAAGCAGGUUCAUCACAUCUGUUAUUGGGAACUCAUGUGGUGCCACAUUUUUCUGCAGGAUUGGAAGCGGGCUUAUUACUAUGCUGAUCUACUGUCUCAACACAGCAGGUGGUCCAAGGCAAUAUAUAUGUACAGUAAAGCUAUAAUAAUGGCUUUGCUUCCUUCUAAUUUUGCAAAAUCAGUAAGUGAGGAUAUGAACUCUCUCUUUUUACAAGUGGAUAGCCUGAGAAUCAAAUUUUUGGGCACUUCUGUGCCACUGGAAAAGUUUAUUGCUGAUAAAGGUCAGCGCUAUGGUACUACUACGGGCUGGUUUACAGUACAGCCCCUUCUGGAAUUCAUUUAUGCCUUGAGUGGUUUCCGAACCAUGAGCAAAAGAAUAGAGCUUAUUUCAAGGUGGCUAUCAAUAAUUGACAAAGGCGAAGGCCUUUUACAAGAGAAUCCAAAUAAAGAGUAUGGCACAGAUGACAUAAGUUUUUUAAAUUUACUGAAAGGUCUAUGCCUGAAAUACUUAGGCAGCUAUUCAAAGGCUGAGCAUUAUUUUAAUCGUGUCAUUCAGCAGGAGAAAUCAUUAAAGUACGACCACUAUUUGGUGCCAUAUACUUACUAUGAACUAGGAAUUCUACAAUAUCUAAAAGGAGAUUAUGAUAAUGCAACAAAAAGCCUGAACAACAUAAAAAACUACAAAGACUAUUCUCUGGAAGCCCGAUUACAGUUUAGGGCUCACAUAGCUCUUGAACAAAUAGCUAAAGAUAAAUAAUCUAAACAGUGUGGUUUUGUUUUGUAUGAAAUAUCCACAAUCAGCAAGGUAACUGAAAGAUUUAAAAAAAUCAUUUCUUUGGGGAAAAAAAUCCAUGAGGCAGCAGUCAAGAAUCUGAUCUGUAACAAGUAAAACAGGAAUUGGCCAUUACUUUUCUCUCUUUCUUUCUCAUACCUAUAAAAUGGAAU